AUGGCUUUUACCAAGGGCGGCGGUGCCACGCUCAGCGUACCUGUCUUCAUCAGACAAACGCGAGCGCUGGUUCAAAAGAACAUUAUCCACUUGCGCAGGAGAUGGAUUUCGACAAUAUUUCAAGGGCUCGUACUGCCCCUGGCCCUCUUGGGAAUCUUCCUCAACAUCUACAACUUUUCCAAUCCGAGCAGCUCGAAUGGGUUCGGAAGAACCUUCAAGAUCAAGACACUAACACAGAGCUUCGAGAGUGGCUCUGGGGAUCUCGUUUUCGUGUACAACAACACUUUGGGGCCCGACGUGCCACAGGUUGUGCGCAGAAUCAAGGAGCCGCUCGCUCAUCUGUCGAGCAGACUGGUAGACUUGCAGGAUCCCAAUGCUGUCUUUGAGUACUGCAAGACCAAUUCUCAAGGAAUCUCUGGUUGCCACGCUGCAUUGGUCUUUUUGGAUUCUCCUCUGACACCCAGGCCCAAUGGCAGCAACAGCAUCCGUAACUGGAGCUAUAUCAUCCGAACCGAUCCAAGCCGCAGCGGAGGCGAGUAUUUCUGGUCACAAAGUGUGAAUGUCAACGAGGAAACACCCCUUACCAACGUCAGAGUCCCGCUACAACUCGGCGUGGCCUCUGCAAUAACCAAUGCUACCUACGAUGCUUCCAUCUUCAGCUAUACCGGAAAAAGCCAAGAGGAAGCCGAUCGUGACAGAUUGAAGGAUAUGGCAAGGGACACACGCAGCAUAAACAGCCUGCUUUAUGUCUUGACACUCAUUAUUCCGGUGUACCACGUUGUGGCCCGGAUCACCACAGAGCGUAAGGAAGGCGUGUCGCAGCUGGUGGAUGUCAUGGGGGGCGGUGCUGCUGCCAGGGUGUACAGCCAUGUACUGGUGUUCAAUGCUCUCUAUCUGCCUACGGCCAUCAUCUCGGGAGUUUUUUACCAUCAAUUCCUGCUCCCUAGAGUGAGUACCGCGAUAUUAAUAUUCUGGUGCAUCCUCUUGACGAUGGCCGUCAUCAACUCUGCGAUAUUCGCAGCAGCUUUCUUCCAGGGUCCUCGGAUCUCGAGCGUUUUCGUUGCCGCAUGCUUUAUCGUUCUGGCAGCCGGCGCUAUCCUUGAUGAUAACUCGAUGACAGCCACCAGCCAGAUGAACCUCGGCCUUUCGUCCGUUUUUCCGGCCUGUAAUUACAUGUACAGCAUCGCCUUGAUGAGCUGGAGGGCAUUUCAAGAAGAGGGAGUAGACUUUGGCAAGACCUACUUGGACUUGUGGGAGAGGAAAAGUGUACCGACACAUGGCGUAGCCAUGUGGCACUAUUUCGUCUUUGCCAUCUUGCAGAUAGUUCUCUACCCCUUGCUCGCCGUGCUUGCGGAGCGCCUCGUCCACGGGAUCAGCUUCGCGCGGAGGGAAUUCCACGACGGCGAUACAGCCAAGGCGGCAUCCGUUUCUAUUCAGACGAGCGAGCUGAGAAAGGUCUACAGCCCUUCGAUCUGGAGAAAAAUGUUCUGCUGCGGCGCCCGCAGGGGCACCGUAGUGACGGCCCUGGACGGCAUCGAUUUGACUGCGCAGAAACAGCAGAUCAUGUGCCUGCUGGGCGUGAACGGGUCUGGAAAAACCACGACGCUUGAGCUCAUUGGAGGCAUGCAGAAGUCGACAGCCGGAAGCGUCCAGAUCAACUCGAACUUUACAAAGCUUGGCGUCUGUCCCCAAAAGAAUACACUAUUUCCCUUCCUCACUGUCCUCGAGCAUGUCAAGAUCUGGAGCAUGAUCAAGCACGGCAGCGAGAGCAUCGAGACGCUUACUAAGCUUGUAGAGUACUGUGAUCUCAAGCCAAAGAUUAACAGCCACGCACGGGAUCUUUCGGGUGGUCAAAAGAGAAAGCUUCAACUUGCUUGCAUGUUUGCUGGCGGCAGCGAGGUGCUUCUUCUGGAUGAAGUAACUAGCGGCCUAGAUCCAAUUUCUCGCAGGGCUAUCUGGAAUAUUAUUCUUGGCGAGCGAUCCAAGAGGUCGAUGAUCUUUACUACUCAUUUUUUGGAUGAAGCCGAGAUAUUAGCCGAUCACAUUACGCUUCUCUCCAAGGGCAAAAUCAUGUGCCAAGGCUCUGGCGCUGAGCUGAAGAACCGUUUCGGAGAUGGCUACAUUGUCCAUAUUCCCAAGAGUGACGAGAAGCCGGCCCCUAACAUGGGUGUGCCGUCCAGUGUGCACCAGGACCGGGUCCGAUACCACGUCGCAGACACCAAGGCGGCAGCUGCGCUCAUCACUAAGCUCGAGGCUCAAGGGAUUUCUGGAGUUGCCAUGGCGGGGCCUACGAUUGAGCAGGUAUUCCUUUCGCUCACCAAGGAUGUUGACGAGACGCUGCGUAGGGAACUUGGCGAAGAAGACGAAAGUAAUGGACGCACGACGGCUUCGGCGACUCACGGCGGGGCCACGGCGACAACAACGGCCGCACUCGUGUCUGGUAAACCAAUCUCAUCGUUCAAACAGGUUCUGAUUCUCAUGAGGAAGCGCCUCACCAUUCUUCCCCGCUACUGGGUAGCCCCCUUGCUGGCCCUCGGUCUUGCGGCUGGUCUCCCGGCUGCACUCAAGCCUUUGUUGAUUGACGAGGAAAAUAUCCCACCCCUUCGUUACGAGCGACCCAACUGCACAAUCUCUGCCCAGGAGUUGAACUGGGUGCCACGGUACGACUGGCUUACGGAGCAGUAUGUGGGGACGUCAUAUUAUCCAGCAUUUGGAAGCCAACCUGAACAAUUUGUCCGCGUAGGACCGUCAUCCGCGGGCCCGGCGCUGGAAAAGGCUAUGCGUUCGAGUCCGAUUGGUGGACGCUGGUACAACCACACGAGGGACUUCCGUGUCUAUCGCCUGGAGGACACGCAGGAGUCGUGGCUUCAGUCUAUUCGAGACUCUCCCAUGGGUGCCGGCUACGGUGGACUUUUCAUACUCGACAACUCUACAACCUCGUCGUCUGCCAUCAUUGCCAAUAGCUUGGAAUACUCUGCUCCGGCUAUGGGUCUAGUUGGGCUAUGGACUGUCAUGCACAGCGGCCAAAACAUUUCCGUAUCAACCGGCGAUCUCCCGAGGCCUUACUUGACGAGCGUCGACGAAGGUGGCCUGUCAGUUACGUAUGCAACUUUUGCCACGCUGAUCCUGACCGUCUACCCCAUCUUCUUCGCCCUGUAUCCGGCCUAUGAGAAGAGCCACAACGUGCGGGCGCUGCAGUAUGCCAACGGAAUCCGGCCGGCGCCCAUGUGGAUCGCCCACCUGCUGUCGGACUUUGUAGUGGUGUUUCUCGUAUCCAUCGCUUUAACCGCAACGGUCGCGGCGCAGAUCCCCAUGUUUUGGAACCCGGGCUUCCUGUUCUUCGUCUCGAUCCUCUACGGCCUGUCGGGGAUCCUCAUCGGGUACAUUGUAGCUUCUAAGCUUACAAAGACGCAACUUUCGGCCUUCAUGGCCACGCUCGUGAUACUUGAGCUUCAGUUCGUCGGCGCCGUCCUUUCCUUUACGCUGCCGCGAAUUUAUAUCGAGCCUCUCAAGGUCCAGGCCACUGCCGAGACGCUUGCCUGGACGCUGGGAGUUUUCUUCCCCGUCGUCAACGUUUACAAAUCCUUCAUGAUCGGACUGAACACGUUCAAAAUUGUUUGCCGGGAUAACGCGGAAAUCUCGUACCCUGGACACAUAUACGCUUACGGUGGUCCUAUCCUCCUACUCCUCAUUCAGGACAUUGUCCUGCUGCUGCUCCUCAUCUGGCUCGAGUCGAACAACAGCUUCUCGGCACUGGCCGCUUUCAUCAGGAGAGUGACAAACCGCAAGAGUGGUGGCAGUGGCCCUCGCUCCGUUGGCUUCGUGGACGAGGAGGCCAGUACCACGAGUAGCAACAUGAUGAGCAAGGAGGUGGCCAGGGUUGGCAUGUCGACGACGGACCUUUUACGAGUGUCGCACGUGUCCAAGUCGUACAAGUCCAACCAGGCGGUGGACGACGUGUCGUUCGGUCUCGGCGAGGGCGAGAUUAUGGCACUUCUGGGACCCAACGGCGGCGGCAAGACUACAACGGUCAACAUGAUCAUGGGCGAGCUCCGGCCGGACAGCGGCAACAUCCACGUGCGCGACACGGACGUGCACCAGCAAACACGGCUGGCGCAGCGGUCGCUGGGCGUCUGCCAGCAGUUCGACGCGCUGGACCUCAUGACGGCGCGGCAGCACCUCGAGUUCUACGCGCGCAUCAAGGGCGUGCCCGACGUCAAGAACAACGUCCAGGUGGUGCUGGACAAGACGGGCCUGUCGCCGCACGCCGACAAGAAGGCGUCCAAGCUGUCGGGCGGCAACAAGAGGAAGCUGUCGCUGGGCAUCGCACUCAUCGGUAACCCGGACGUGCUGGUGCUGGACGAGCCCUCGUCCAGCAUGGACGCGGCGUCCAAGCGCGUCAUGUGGAGGACCCUAUCCGAAAUCGGGCCCGGGCGUUCGCUGCUGCUGACGACGCACAGCAUGGAGGAGGCGGACGCCCUCUGCACGCGCGCCGCCAUCCUGUCCAAGAAGCUGCUCGCCAUCGGCACCACGCAGGAGCUGCGCAGCAAGUACAGCGACAUUUACCACCUCGACCUCGUGCUCAAGUCGGCGCCGCAGACCAAUGUCCAAGAGGCCAAGGUCGUCGAGGACUGGGUCCUCUCGCGCUUCCCGGCCGUCAAGCUCGCCGGCGAGAGCCUGGGAGGACAGGUCAAAUUCACGGUGCCGGCCAGGGACCCGAUCGGGCAGAUGAUGACGGCGCUCGAGGAGAACAAGGAGGAGCUUGGUCUCUUGACGUAUGGCUUGGCGCAGCCGACGCUCGAGAACGUCUUCAUAUCCGUGGUCAAGGACAACUACGUCGAGGAGGACGGGAAGAAGAAGAAGUGGUGGCAGCCAUGGUGA